GGCCGAGCGGCUGUGUCGUACGCGACGCUCUCUUCCGCCCUGGUGCUCUGUAGGCGGUAGGUCGUUAUCAGGGCUGCCAAACUCCGUACGCCACAAACCCGGAACAAACUCUGUCCCUGUUGUCUGACUGCUCUCUGUAGCAAGGACAUCUUCACCUUCAAGUUUUCUUGAGGUCUUAGAUUCAACAGGUGUCUAAAUGAUCAGAAAAGUCGGCCUCCCCAGUUGAGUAUUUCUUGUUGUCCCGUCUAAAGCGGUGUAGAAUCGUCACGGUUUGUGGACAUAACAGGCCCCUACACAAAGACACAAGGUCAUCGACCGUACGGAUGACAUGGUCAGCGGACUAAACCAUUAUUGUGGCGGGGGGAUGGCAAACCCUACCGUGUAUAAGAACAGAUAUGUUGAAUUGACAACCAUAUGCGACGCAUCAAAAGAGUAAAGAAUCAGAUCGAAACGAAUAUCGAAGUUCAAUGAAUUGUCAUUGAUAAGUAUCUAUCUUACUACUGAAAUAUACGUGAUUAAAUCGGUCAAUGAAUAACAUGCGAACCAACAAUAGCAAAAUUGGCAAUAUACGAGACCUUUGGGGUGACAAAUAAGUCAUACGAUACAUCGUUGGGGCUGUCACCACAACCCCAUCCCCCGCUUCAAUAAUGGUUCAGUCCGUGGAUGCUGACCAUGACCCCAAUACGGUCGAUGACCUCCCUGUUUUUGUGCAGGGGCCCGCCAUGUCCACAAACCGUGACACUUCUUCACCUCUUAAGAUACUGUCAGAAUCGGUUAGCUAGCUAGGACGGCCAGUAUUUCUUAUCAGUUAGACACCUGUUCAGUCUAAGCUCUCAAAAAGACUUGAGUAUGUACCAGCUACUCAGCGCAGCCAGGCACCAGGGGCAGAGUUUGUUCCGGGUUUGUCGCGCUCGAAGUUUGGCGGCCCUAAAAACGACCUACCGUCCGCAGAGCAACAAGGCGGAAGAGAGCGUCACGUACGACACAGCCGCUCGGCCUUUUGAGGAGAUCCCCGGGCCGAAGGGCCUUCCACUUAUCGGGACGGCGUUGGAAUAUACACCGUUUGGUCAGUUUAAAAUGAUAACAAACCUCCGGGGCUCCUUCAGGGAGAGAACGAGGACUUACGGCAGUAUCUACCGGGAGAGGAUCGGUCCGUUGGACCUCGUGGUCAUCAGCGAUCCGACAGAGAUAGAGAAGGUGUUCCGGAACGAGGGGAGAUACCCGGAGCGCAUUGAGCUGGCGAGCAUCAAAGUCUACCGGGAGAUAAAGAAGUUGCCAGCUGGAUUGAUCAACCUAAACGGGCCGGAGUGGCAGCGCGUGCGCAGCUCGGUUCAGAAGGACCUCAUGCGGCCCAAGACUGUCGGUGCGUACGCCUCUCUGCAGGAUGACGUCACCAGGGACUUGGUUGACGUCAUCAGGGCUCUGAUAGGGAAGGAAGAGAGCGGAGGUCAAGUUCAAAACUUCAUCAACUAUGUGUACAGAUGGGCGCUAGAGGCGAUCAGCGUGGUUGUGCUGGACAAGCGGCUGGGCUGCCUGACCUUGGGUGACCUACAACCGGGUUCUGACGCAAAACUGAUGAUUGACGGGGUCAACGACUACUUUGCGUCUCUCGUCAAACUGGAGAUGUCAGCAACUGGUCUCUACAAGUACGUCAGCACGCCGACCUGGAGGAAGUUCGCAAAGGCGAUCGACCAGUGGCACUUAGUUGCUGCCAAGUUGCUGAAGGAAAAGCUGGCCAAAACUGCAACCAAAGAUGGAAAACCCGCCGAGUCCGACACGGACUUCCUCCAGAGCCUCCUGUCCAGGAGUGACGUCACCUUCGAGGAGGCCAUGCUGAUGGCGGUGGAUCUGAUGGCUGCAGGGAUUGACACGUCAGGGAACACUCUGAUGUUCAACCUCUUCUGCCUGGCGAAAAACCCGGAAGCCCAGGAGAAACUUUACCGAGAGAUCCAGGAGGUGGUCCCAGCCGGGCAGCCCAUAGAUGAUAAGGUGUUGAACAGGAUGCACUACCUGCGGGCAGUGGUGAAGGAGACUUUCAGGGUUUAUCCAACUGUCCUAAACAACGUAAGACGGUUGGACCGAGACAUCGUGUUGUCUGGGUAUGUCGUCCCUGCAAAGGAAUGUAUUGAAUAUCUCUUAUUGUAUAUAUACAUAUACAUGUGUAUUUAUAUCUCAUCCUAUCUUCAGACGACCAUCUUAAUGGCUCAUGACGUUAUCAGCUCGCUUCCGGAAUACUAUCCGGAACCGGAAGUCUACAGACCGGAAAGAUGGCUCCGUGAUGACGAGUCUAGCAGUGUCCAGCCGUUCACCCUGCUGCCGUUCGGCUACGGACCGAGGAUGUGCAUCGGCCGUCGUUUUGCGGAACAAGAACUGCAUCUCGGAUUGAUAAGGAUCGUCCAAAACUUCCACGUCGGAUGGGCAGGAGAAGACAUGAAGCAGGACAACAGGAUAAUACUUGCCCCGGACAGGGACAGCUUCGUUUUCUCUGAAAGAACUUAGAGACAGCUUCUACUGAGAACUCCAUCACUUGAAAACUUUGAUACUUUAUUCAGCCCAUUAGUCAUCAUACAUUAGUUUGUAGGUAGCUACUUUCCUGGACUUCAAGACGUUAAAACAGGAUAUACAAACUAGAUACAAUUUUAUUUAUUAUAAUGUAUUUACGGAGAUUGUAGUCCUUUUGCAAAACACCCAUUUAAGGCAAGGUAAAUAAUGUUAGUGUAUUUGUCUAUGCUCAGUGAGAUUGAAGGCAAAGUAAGAUAUACUAAUAGAAGCAUAAACGAGUUUAAACUGCAAGUUUCAGAACAAAGGUAUUUACAGAACAGAAGCUUGAGAGGCAUCGGGGUAAGUAAGGGAUCUUAUCUUUAUCUUCAUCUAAGGUCUUUAUUCUGCCUUUUUGUUUAUGUAAGACACUAAGCGGUAUAUUUGCAGUCAUUUAUAUCUUGUGGAGCUUUGUUCAAUUAUGUUUAAGUAAGUAAUUAAAGAUGGAAUUUACUAUUUUCAAACAUGGGGGCUACAUGUGAAUAGCUUUUGCCAACUCAAAUGAAAUUUCAGGCUAAUUGAAAUAUUUGCGAGGUUGCAUCAUACAUUAUAUAUUCUUGUAAACAUAUAUUGAUAUGCAUAUGAUAUCUGCAACAUAUCAUCGGACUGCGCUGUUUGCAAUGAGACGAAACAGAAUUCUGUCAAAAGCUGGUACACAUAUUUACGUUACUACAUUGUAUUUCUAUAUGUUACUGAUAUUAUGAGUUUUGAUCCAUAGAUAUAUUCGUUUAUAUUUUCAUACAUAUUGACGACAUACAAAUGUAAUUUUCGUUGUUCGGUUGGUUUGGCUGUUGGUUGUUUGGUAAUAUACAAGGUGU